AUGGCGGUGAAUAGUCCUGGCUCGUACAACAGCCUGAAAUCACCGCGGAGUCCUCGUCAGUUACCGCAGCUUCCAAGUUUGCAGCAGCCGCAGAUGUCGGGUCAAUACAGUCCGAGCCAAUCGGUCCACAAUUUAGGUUCAAAGUCCCCGAGCACGCCUCGGGUUUUCGAAUUUCCACCGGAGUAUAAUCCGGAGACACCAAACGCGAAUUUCGAUUUUGACGUAUUUGGUAAAAGCGACUCGGUGUCGGAUUCCCGCAGCAGUUUGUUGCCGGAGUCAAUGGUGACGGAGAGCACGAGCAACAACAGUGGCUCGUAUUACCGGAGCCCGAGCUUCCACAAUCAGGCGAACACGGGGAGGGAGUCGGUGAGGAGUUCUCCUGACGUUGCGGGAGGCCUAAAGUCUCCGGUCUUUCAGUUCUGCAGCCCGAAGAGCAAGUUCAACAAAGCACCGAGCUAUUCGAGCAAGUGUCCAAUGUCAGCGGGGCCCUUGGGCCCCGCGAGGAACCGGACGCCGCCGAGUUGCGGCUCUCCGCAGGCCUUUUUACCUCAGAAGAGUCCCAAGCCGUUGGAUCGAACGCGAAGAAACUCUUGCUUCAAUCUCGGCCUGAUGAGGAAUCCAAUGUCACCGACGACCAUCAUCACCGCACCGACAGAAGCGUUGGCCAGUCCUCGCACCACUCCGGGCAAGCAAUUCUACAAGCCAAACGUGAUAUCCUCGCAGCAGAGCUCCGCUGACACAAUACAAACAAGCGACGUUUCGGCCAGUAGACGGGAACACGAACGCGAUAACUCAAAGAGAACUCGCUCCAAUCGGAUGGGCAGUAUAAGCCUCAACAAAAGCCACGGCAGUCUCGCACAGCCUUCGGCGAAGGACGAGGAGCCUCCGUUUUCCAGUGAGAGUCCCCGUCGCAGAGGAACCCGUGACCCGAGAAACGUUGCGAGAAAAUCAACGAGUGACCUGACCGAACUGGAUGCCGAUGAUGUCGAGACCGAAGUCACCGUUCUCUCGAGUCCCAGGAGGCGAGGAUCGAUGAAGGGUGGACUCGCUUAUCUCGCCUCCAGACGAGGCUCACGGGACAGCCAAAUCUCGAACGUGUCCAACCUUAGCAACGAGGACAUUGGACCACUCAAUUUCAACGCUCACCCACGUGGCAGACAGAGAAGGACUUCCAAUUUUCUCGAAUUACCAGUGCCGGAUCACAUAAGACCCCGAGUACAUAGUUUACCGGAAAAGGCGUACAAUCCCCGAGCCGGAGAUGAUUUGUACCGGUUACGGGCUUUCAGCAUAACCCACAAAGGCGUCGUCAAUCGAGGAGAUUCGAUUAUAUCGCGACGGAGUAGAAGCAACACAUCCGUCAACAGCAGCAGGAAUAGCAAUGUUUCCGGGGAACGGUCACCGUUUGAGGGCUCCUGCUGCAGUGGCCAGGGCGUUACUGGCGAUAGUUCGGAAAGCGAUAUUGAUGAAAUUCCCAAGUAUCGGGUCGUUCUCCUCGGCGACUCUGGAGUUGGUAAAACCGCUCUCGUCUCCCAAUUCAUGACCAGCGAGUACAUUAACACGUACGAUGCCAGUUUGGAUGACGAAUUCGGCGAAAAGACUGUAUCGAUUCUAUUGGACGGGGAAGAAUCUCAGAUGAUUUUCAUCGACCAUCCCCACGUUGAAAUGAGCGUCGAGAACUCGCUCUCUACGUACGAACCACACGGCUGCGUCGUCGUCUACUCGGUAGAAUCACGUGCCAGUUUUCAACUUGCGGAAGAAAUUCUCAACUACCUGUGGAGAGAGCACUUUACCCAAGAUCGAUCAGUCAUCGUCGUUGGCAAUAAGUCUGAACUUGCGAGAAGUAGAACUGUCGACGCUAAUGAGGGCAAGCAGUUGGCAACUUCGAGGGAAUGUAAAUUUAUCGAAACCUCGAGUGGGAUACAGCACAACGUGGAUGAGUUAUUAGUUGGUAUACUGAAGCAAAUUCGUUUAAGGGAGACGAGAGACAAGAAAUUACGUCGACAGGGCAGCAAAGGAAGAAUUUUGUCGAAGUUGCAUGGGAGCAAAACUGCGCUGAGUUUGAAUCUUGCUCGAGAGAUAUUGAACAAAAUGUGUUUGAACGAUAGUAAGAGUAAGAGUUGUGAAAAUCUUCACGUUUUGUAAUGAGGCAAUAAAUAAGGAGCCCCCGGAGGCGCGGUGGACAAAACAUAUCGCGUUCGUUGAAAAUGUGGAUCUCUCAUUUUGAGCGAACAAUUAUUUAUUGAAACAACCGAACCUGCAUGUGCACGUGGUUGAGCUACGAUUUUAAAAAAAUUAGAGAUAAAUAUUAAUUAACGAGUGUAAAUGUGCCUGCGAAAUGGCUGAAGAUUUUCGCAAACUGAUGGGAGCAACUUCGGGUUCCUGAUCGUUGCGGACUUUGGAACUGUGUGAGCCCGAAAAUAUUGACAUCCCGAUCAAAAUCGUACGUAGGCAAGGAAAUUAGAAAAAUAGAGGAUUUAAUGGCGGCAGAGUAUCUCGCGAUAUCGCCGCCAGCGAUGCAGUGAUUUGAUUACAUAUUAGUGGCCAAGUUAUAAUGUCGAUGGUCCAAAAUACGUGACUUCGUCAAUGUAUGCGUGUAGAAAUGUAAUUAUGAGAGUAAUUAGCUUGAUCGGGGACACAAACGCUGUCAUUUUUACGAGUAAAUAGGUCACUCGAGGUUUUCAUUGCUUCUCGUGCCAAUAAUUUUCCGACCAAGUUCCAAAAUACUGUAAAACUCUCGUCGUCGUCACCAUUUUUUUGUGUCAUCGAAUUUCACAAUGUUUUUCUUCUCUUCUCAUUCAUCCGGGAAUUCUCAUCGUCAAAAGUCAUUAUUCUCGUUCAAUCACGGUAUCGCAUUUGCAUUGAAUUAAUAUUGCAAUGAUUUCCAAGGCCCUGAAGAUUGGAGCAGACAUCGUGGCGAUUUGUAUGGAAAUUUCAAGGCACGAUUAGCCCUGAAGCAGCUCACAGUCGAAACCGAUUUUGAGCGUGUACGAAUGCAAAAAAAGCCCGAAUUUUUAGAAGCAUUCUGACUUAUUCUUCAGUUUUCGAGUAAGUUUUCGGAUCUCUGCGAUGACAAGUCAAGAAGAAUCGAAAAGUUUUUUCAUUCCUCCUUUAAAUUAAAUAUUUAUAUAAAUUCAAAAGUUUCGUCGAGUGUAAACGUACGCCCGGAUGAAAAAUCAAAUUUGUCGAAUUGAACAUUUUUUUAAAAUGUUUCCAUUUACAUUGUUUUUCAAUGGAACACUCGAAUUGUCCAGAUACGAUAACGUCAAUCGUUUGGUUCGAACGUAACGAGUACGAUUUUCAAAGGAAGACUCAAGCUUGUUACGAAAAUUGGAAGAAAUACUAAUAUUAAGGACUAUUUAUAAAUAAAUGACGUCAAAUUUCUGUGGGAUAUGCUGGACACGUUUCACUAGACGCUGGUCGUUGAAUGAUUAUUAUAAUGAUAGAUUGCCAAGUUCGAUAACUCUAUCUGUACAUUGAACAAAGUGCUAAAAAGCAAUGAAAAUGUUUGUGUAGAGCGCUGUUACAAUUAGAAUGUACAUAUUCGUUUGUAAUCAGCCAUGAUUACAUGGUGAAAUUGAAUUGUGAUUUGUAUCGAGAACGCAGCCAAUUUAGUAGCAUAUCUGUGUGUCGUGUUACAAUAAAAUAUGCGACGUAAUAAAUCGUUUUCGAGAUUUGAGAGCACGUUCUCAAGUUAGCCUGUCUUUUCGGACGUAAAAACAAGCAUUUAUGCAAAUAUUAUUCGUUAGUUACAAAAACAACUAAAUUUGUCAAAGUAUGAUUUGUAUAGUUAGCUCGAAAAAUAGAAACAGUUGAAACUGUGAAUGCUGCAUUUGAAAUAUUCAACUUUUAUGAUGUUUCGAGGUUUCUUUUUCAUGCUGAGACUCCAUUGACAAAAUUUCAACUUGAAAAUCGGUAUUACCAGGUAUUCGGCCUAGAAUUCGUGCCCAGUAAUUAUCAUGAUAAUGGCCACUGAUGAAUACUGUUACACAUUAUCGUAGGAGCAUGAAAAUCUGAAUAGUGUCGAUGACAGCGAAUGCUAGCAAAUUGUAAUUCGUCACGAAAAAAAAACAACAAAAAAAUGGAAAAAGCAGCACAUAAUACAGACAAGUAGACACGGCCUAAGCGUAUGAUGAACGACUAUGAAAACGUAGCGUUGCGUAUAGAAAUAUUUUAUAAAAUAUAUGAUCGUUUAUCCAUGCUACUAUUGCCAUGUCUUCGCCAUGGAUCACGUGCAAUCAGAUCUAUAAAUAAGUAUUUAAACGUAGAUGUAACAAAUUACAAAUUGAAUGAGCACGAUGGUCAGUUAAUGGCGUGCCAAAAUUGUGAGGAAUGAUUUGUUUGAGCGAUUUCGAAGCAGAGAAACUUUGUCAAUUUUCUGUACGAUGCACCGUUCACCGGACAUUUGAUGAGUUUGAAGCUAUCCAAUUCUGCGUACCAUACAAAGAGUUUCUCUCACUUCAGGAAGUCGAGACGCAUCUGAUUGGUUUUCACAAUUUAUUGAAAAUCUUGCGAUCGGUACGUCGAGACAAAAAUGCUUGAAGCCUUGCCCCAUCGCGAUUUAUCUUCUCUCGAAUUCUUAGUCAAAUUUUGUGGUAAUAUUCUGUGCAACUGAGAUGUGAACUGUUCCAUCACAUGGGCGUUUUACUGAACGCGCCACGAUGAUCCGGAACUCCAAUAUAUUUUUAGUGGAAUUUAUAAACCCAGACUGUCCAGCUUCUCUACUGUUCUGGAGUUUGAAACGUCGAUCUUUAUCGAGAAAGAAUGGAAUUGUUGAAACUGUCAAAUAGCGUAUCUUCGUUAGCGAACUGAAACAUAUCGCUGCGAACAGAAAAUAUCAUAGAUGUUUAAACUCGUCGAUGGCCUCUGAAAAGUAGUGAAAAUAUUCUAUUAGAAUGUAAUUCGAUGAGGAUGUGAUAGUGUACUAUAAAUAUGCGUCAAUUCUUGGGAGAGUAAUUAAUAAAUCUACGACCUGGUCUCAAAUCUUCAUAUCUCAUGGCCAAUUGCAUUCCGUAGGAAAACAAAAUAAUGCUGAUAAGCGAAGGGGAAGCCAAAGUAACGAGAGCUAUUUGUCUAUCAAUGACAUUUUGAAAAACCGUCGCUUAUGAAUAGCCUCAAUCGUGUGUGCCAAAUGAUAAUUAAAAAUAAAUAGUCUAUCAAAACCUUUACUACAUUCAUUCGCAAAGCAGUUCGAUAUUAAUAUUAUACUAUUCACGUGUAUACUCGAAUAUCGUGAGUAUGUAUUAUGGAGUAAGAUAACAAAUUAAUUCAACGAUAAUAUUCUUGAGCUGAUUUAAUCUGCUGGACUAUACUAUUUUUAUAAGCAUUCCUAGUCUGUCGAUUAUGUAAACGCUGAUAAAUGUUGAAUAUCAUGGGACAUCAAAUUCCAUUUUCCUGUGUUACAUUUUUUCAUCUCGAGCUCAUAUCGGCACAAUUCAAAUACAACUCGUUCAACGCAGCAAAAAAUUAGAUAAGAACAGUGGCUCGACGUCAUUGUGUGCAUAACUUUUACAAAAACGCAUUCCAUUUGUGUUUUCAGAUAAUUUGGAGUUCUACAAAAAUUCUUCAUCACUCGAUACCAUUUUUUGACUAUUAUUUUACGACAUCAAGUUUUUCGCAUAAACAUUCGAGUAUCAGGCUUUUGUUACUAUCAAUUUCCUGUCUCUGGUCUUUACUGCCCAUUGGUUUUUAUGACUUGCAGCUUUGAGUGCUUAUAACUCAAAAGAAAUAUUUCUCUCCAAUAUAUUUGAUUUUUUAUUUUUUAUUUCUUUUUCCAAUAAUAAAAUAAAUCUUAAAUAAGAAAAUGAUUGAAGGCCUGAUACCAACAAACAAUGUGUUCCGCUUCAAUCUAGUUCAAUUAAAAAAAAUAGUACAUACCAUUACCAACUCCAAAAAUGGCAGUUCCAGCUUAGGUCAAAAUGACCAAAUUAUAGUAACCCAACUAAAAAAAUGUCAUUGGUAACAAUAUCAUGAAAUACUGCUCUCGGAAAUAAAAUUAUCGGGAAAUUGGUUGGAAAUUGUAACCAAUUCUUCGGGAAGUUAACUAGUUAUUCCAAUGUUCUGCAAAUAAUUAUGUUCUUGUCAACAACUUUGAAAUUUCUUCUUCGAACCUGAUGUGGCAAAUAAUAUACUCAACAACGUGGAAUGACUGUACAUUAGUAUAAGUGUGUAAAUGAUGUAUCGAACUCUAAAAUGAUGUAUGGGGGUGCUAUUUCGACAAUCAAAUGUGUUUACUUACGUGCUAUUGACUAUGAAUUGUGUAAAAAUGUGGUGACACUGUCUGUAUGAAACUGAAAGCAAUAUACCAUGGAUACCUUCAGCA